ACCAUUAAAGAUCUUUUUAAAGUUUAAUUAGAAAGCAAGUUGGAUUUUAACAGUUGUAAUAUGGGUGGAUUAAAAGUUUAUUUUGAUUUGUUGUCCCAGCCUGCUCGAGGCGUUCUUUUAUUUUUAAAAGCAAACAACAUACCGUACAUUGCAUGUCCUAUUGCUCUACGAAAAGGUGAACAUUUUACACCAGAGUUUACCAAAAUAAACCCCUUAAAACGUGUGCCUGUAAUCGACCACAAUGGAUUUCAUCUUACAGAGAGUGUUGCUAUACUGAAGUACUUGUCUCGAGAAUUUUGUACACCUGACCACUGGUACCCCCAAGAUAGUAAGCUCCGGGCUCGAGUGGAUGAAUUUUUAGCUUGGCAGCAUCUGAACCUUAGACUGAAUGGUUCUAUGGUCUUCCGAACUAAGGUCGUCGUUCCUAAGUUGACAAAUACUCCAGUAGAUGAGACAAAACUGAAUCAGUUUCUCAAGGGUCUUGAAACAGAUUUGCAACAGUUGGAGACUGUGUUUUUGAGAAACCGUCCUUUUUUGUGCGGAGAAAAGAUCACCAUUGCUGAUUUGCUGGGAGCUUGUGAAGUGGAGCAACCUUGUGCAGCGGGAUUUGAUGUGUUAGAGGAUAAACCUCUCGUGGCUGCUUGGAUUGAGAACGUAAGAAACCAUCUGGCACCUCACUAUGAUGAAGUCCACCAAGUGUGUCGACAAGUUAGAGAUCGUGUGGAAAAGUCCAAGCUGUAGUUUACAACAUCUGCUUCAUGUGAUUUAAACUUGCCUGUAGGUUUAGGAACUUCGGAAAUGAUUUUUUAGAAAGAAAUUAUGAUGAAUGUGGAAAAGUGUUUGUGUAAUUGGGUUGUAAUUUGAUAAAAUAAAGCUUAAGACUUGAUGUUAAAUUGUUUAUACAGUGCA